AUGCAUUCUACGACACACGCUCGGGUGUGCUUCAUGGCUGUCGUUGGGCAUGCGCUCGGCCGAGCAUCUCUCUCCCGAGCGCUCCCCAGACAACUGAUCGCAGACUUGACCACUCAACGCUGUCUCGAGGCGCUCUUCUACAUCUUCUCGGCUAACGAUCUUUCGUUGUUCUUCCUCCUCAUCGAGCAUGAGCUUCCCCACAUUCUGCGCCGCGCCACGCCGAAGAAGGGCGAAGUUGAAGAGAAGGCGGCGGCGCAGGUAGCACGGCCUGGUGUUUUGCUUCGCAACCUUCUCGACCGGCAGUCAUCGCUCAAGAUGUCUUCGUUCCGAUACUAG